AUGGGCUUAGGCGAGGUGAUAAGAGAGGCAGGAGUGCUGCAGAAUGGCAAGGAGGAUGAGAAUUCAUGGUCUAGGAUUGAUGUGGUGCUUGGAAAGCUUGUUAGUGGAAUUAAGGACAUGAGCGAUGCCAAGGAGGUGCUGAAAGUGGCCAAUGAGCUUGUGAUACGGUCUGUGCAAAGCGAAAGAUCGAAGCUUGCAGGGACUGCGAUGGCACUUGCAAAGAGGUGUGUGGGGUUGUGUGGAAGAGGAUUUGAGUAUUCAGGGGUGUACUUGAUGUCGCUGAUGAAAGUGUGUGGGAAGAGCAACAGGAUAUUUUAUUCGCGAGCAGAGGAGGUAAUAGUUGAGAUAUGUAGAAGUGCGGAUGUGAGAGCACAUUUGCGGAUUCUAAGCGAGUACAGUGGAUCGCAAAACAAGAAUGUGAGGCUUGCGGUGUUUAAGGGGAUUGAGGGGAUGGUUGAUAAUAUUGGGAAGGCUGAUGGGAUUGAAGGGAUAGUUGAGAAGGGACGAGCAGAUCCGUUCCAAGAGGUACGAGAGGUGUGCAGGAGGAUUACUGAUAAGUUAUUGAGUGGCGAAUGCAGGAAUGGGGAGGUAUUGGAGGAAGAGAAUGCUAGUAAUGGAAUGCGACGGGAGCCUAUCAGGAUGGUAAGAAAGCCAGUAAGGAUUGAGAGUGGAGGAGUUGAGAAGAAGGAGUUAGAAGUGGGGUUUUCGCCAGCAAGGAAGCAGAGCAAGGUGAUUGGGGAGAGCUGCGAGAUGGAGAUUGAGGAAGCAACGAUUAGCAAACAGAAAGUGAAUGUGAAGUAUGCAAGAGGAUAUGAUAAGGAGAUGAGUGGGCAUUGUGCAGUUAAGAAGUCUGGAACAAGAAGGAGUGUGGUGCAUCCUGAAGUUGUGAAUGAGAGAAGAGGUGAAAUGAGGCAUGAAGACCUCACGCCUAUUCGGCUUGAUAGGUAUUUGAGCAAGUAUCGAGAGGAGCAUGGGAAUUUAAGGGAUGUAAAUGAAGCGAGUAAAGAGCAAGCAAGAGAGAAUGAUGAUGAAUGCAAGGAGGAAACAGGAUGUAUGAUGGAAGAGUGCCUGAUUAGGGAUGCAGAUGAAAGUGCCAAGGAGGAGAAGUGGACAGCAAGGGAGUUGAUUGAAUCGUAUUCUAAUGUAAAUGAGUCUAUGGAUAAAGAGGAGGAGUCUGAGGGAAUGGAUGGAGAUGAUAAGGAUGAUGCUGAGAUGGAUUGGGGCAUGGAUGAAGGGGUGCCUGGGGGAAUGGAUAAUGAGGAUGUGGAAGAGCUAUCAAGAAGUUUUGCGAAUUUUUCGAUUAUUGAUUCUGAGGUGAAGGAGGUAGGAAAUGAGGUAGAAAGCAAAUGCAUUGGGCAAAGCAGCGAUGUUUUGGAGGAGUCUGUGAAUCCGUAUGAGUUUAUUGAAGGAGAAGAGGGGGAUUCGCCUGGAGAGUAUACGAUAGUGGAGUCUGUUGGAGGGAUGGAGUGCCUUGAAGUUUAUGAGAUGAGUAAAGGAGUGCUUGGAGAGGAGAAAGAGGUCGAUUCCAUCCAUGAGUCUACGAUACUGAUGAGUAUAAAUGAAAAGCCGCAUGAGAAGAAGAAGGAAGCAAGUAAGAGGCGAUUGAUGCUGAGUGGAAACAGAUUUGCAGGGUUCCUUGAAAUGGAUGAAAACAGCGGGGAGGAGACGGUUUUUGGAAGGGAGGUCAAUAAAGAUGAGAAUGGAAAGGAAGGGCUAGAAGAGUUUACGAUGAUUGAUUCGUUUAUUGAGGUGAAGAGGAGUGUUUUUAGAAAGAGAUAG